UUGGAAAUUGACGCGCUGACAACACGCGGCAAACGGCAACAAUCUAUAAAUAAAUUGAAAAAUUAAAAAUUUCAGUUAGAAACAAAAACAAAAAACAUUUAUAUGCAUAAGCAACAACAAUUUUCUGUCGUGGAAAAUUGUUUUGAUUUUGAAUUUCAAGUUUUCCUGCGAUUCAAGAAAAGCGAGCAGACAUUGACGUCACAAAAAGUCUAAUCAGCUGCCGAGCUCAGUAUUUUCGUGAAAGUACAAAUUUCCUGAAGUUAAUCACCAGCACACACACACACACACACACAGAUACACUCGCACACAAACGCAUACGAAGUGCCCUUGGGCAAUAAAAUAAUUAGAAUUACAAUAAAAAUAGGCAAAUCGCGAAAUCCUCGAGAAAAAAAUCAAGCCAAGGCGUAUAUAUAUAUGAUUGAGCGCAAUUAUUGUUAUUACGCAUAAUUAAUAACAAAGUAAAUCAAUAUAAGGACAAGCAUAUAUUUAUAUAUAUCUAUAUAUAUAUGCUAAAAAGAUCACUUGAAGUCUUGAAACAUCAACUCAUUGCUGAUUAAGCAGCACUCCACACAUAUAUACCCUGCAAUUGAAGCACAACAAUAUUACAAGAAAAAACCUAUCAACAAAUACAACUUCGAAACAGAAAGUUUUUUUUUCGUACAGUUUAUUGCCACGAGUAACGGGGCAGGCCGCGUGGCAGUUGUCCACAACGGGGCUUUACAACAUAUUCGGCAAGUGGGUCAGUCUUGGAUGCGAAAUAUCAAGAGUUGCCAUUACAUUAUGUGCAUAAAAAUGCAACAACCAACGACAACAGCAACAACAACAACAGCAACAGCAGCAGCAGCAGCAACAACAAAAACAACAACAACAAGACGUGUCAGCAGCAACAGCAACAAUUACAACAACAAAAUGUUUCAUAUGUUGGUAUUGGCGCUGCUGCUGUUGCAGCUCAUAAGCGGCCAAAUCGAUCCGGUGGAUGGCCUCAAAGUGACGGCCACUCUCAUAACGAAUCACAACUAUCCCGUGGAGGAGCACACGGUGCAUACGCCCGAUGACUAUAUUCUCACUAUUUAUCGCAUACCCACCUCCCCGAAGAGGCAGCAACUGAAUGAAACGCAGCAGAAGCCUGUGGUAUUUUUGCAGCAUGGCAUUCUGUGCGCCUCGGAUGAUUGGAUCAUCAAUGGGCCGGAGACAUCGCUGGCCUACAUGUUCGCCGAUGCCGGGUACGAUGUGUGGCUGGGCAAUGCGCGUGGCAAUACGUACUCGCGACAGCAUAAGCACAUACAUCCGGAUACAUCGGAUUUCUGGAAGUUCAGCUGGCAUGAGAUUGGCGUCUAUGAUCUGGCUGCCAUGCUGGACUAUGCCCUGGACGUGAGCAACAGCAAAUCGCUGCACUUUGUGGCACAUUCCCAGGGCACAACCACAUACUUUGUGCUGAUGUCCUCGUUGCCCUGGUACAAUGAGAAGGUGCGCUCUGUGCAUUUGCUGGCGCCGAUUGCCUACAUGCGGAAUCAUUCGUUCAUUCUGUCCAAGCUAGGCGGGAUAUUUCUGGGCUCGCCCUCGUUCCUCACCUGGGUAUUGGGCAACAUGGAAUUGUUGCCCAUUACUAGCAUACAGAAGAUCAUGUGUGAGCAUGUCUGCUCUGUGGGUUCAAUGCUCAAGUUUUUGUGCUCCGGACUGCUGGAUUUUAUUGGCGGAUGGGGCACCAGACAUCUAAAUCAUACCCUAUUGACAGACGUUUGUGAGACACAUCCGGCUGGCGCUUCCACCACACAAAUUAUACACUAUCUACAGCUAUACACAUCGGGCGAUUUUCGACAGUAUGACCAUGGCAAGGAAAAGAAUGAGAUUAUCUAUCAACAGGCCGAGCCGCCAUCAUAUAAUGUUCAAAAUAUCAAUAGCUGUGUAAAUAUGUACUACAGUGAAAAUGACUAUAUGUCCGCUGUGGAGGAUGUUGAGUAUUUGGCCACAUUGCUCCCCUGCGCGGAUCUCUAUAGGGUGCCCUACAAAGACUGGAAUCAUUAUGACUUUCUGUGGUCUGUCAAUGUCAAAGAAGUGAUAAAUAAUAGAAUAAUGGAUAAAAUGCACAGUUAUGACAUCGAUCACGACACGGACAUGAGUUUCUAACUAAUAUAUAAGUAAGCGGUCCCAAGUAUAUAAAAAAACAAAAACAAAAAAAAAAAAGCUUAGCCAAAUCCAAGAAGGGUACUCAGAAUGUAAAUACGUGUAAAUAAUAUGGUUAGACAUGAGCAUGUGCGUGAUAUAUUUGGUAAUGUUAAUGUUUAAGUUGCAAAAGGUUUGUGAAAUGCUUCUAGUAAAUAUAAUUUAGAUCUUAGUACGCUAUAAAAUAUACGAUACAUAUUUGUUUUUUAAAAACACCGCCAAA